AGCACUCAAAAUUGCUUGAGCUAGCAGAGGCUAGGCUUCUUCUGCUUUUUCAGCUUUUUGAGCCACCAAGCUUUGGAAAAGAUGGAGAAGAAGAAAGCAAUGGAAAUUGAAGGUGGUGGAGUCGAGGUUGAUGAGACGAAAUGGGUUUAUGAUUCUUCACUGGAUCAUAAAGGAAGACUUCCUCUUCGAGCUUCCACUGGUUCUUGGAAAGCUGCCCUAUUCAUUAUCGCAAUUGAGUUCAGCGAGAGGCUGAGCUACUUCGGGAUAGCAACAAGCUUGGUGCUUUACCUGACGAAGGUGAUCCAUGAAGACCUCAAAACUGCAGCCAGGAACGUCAACUAUUGGUCUGGUGUCACCACUCUCAUGCCCCUCCUUGGAGGCUUCGUUGCUGAUGCCUACUUGGGUCGCUAUUUCACUGUCUUCGCUUCCUGCGUCUUCUAUAUCCUCGGUUUGGUUCUGCUUUGCUUGUCAUGGUUCUUGCCAGCCCUCAGGCCAUGUGACGCUGAUACUGCUAUUACUGCAUGCACCAAACCAAGAAUGGCACACGAGGUGGCCUUCUUCUUUGCCAUCUAUUUGCUCUCCAUUGGAACUGGAGGUCACAAACCUUCGUUGGAGAGCUUCGGAGCCGACCAGUUCGACGACGAUCAUGCCACAGAGAGGAGGCAGAAGAUGUCCUUCUUCAACUGGUGGAGCUGUGGUCUUUGCAGUGGCCUCAUUCUGGGAGUGACUUUCAUUGUUUAUGUACAGGACCAUGUGAACUGGGGUGUUGCUGAUCUUAUCCUCACAGGGGUCAUGGCCUUCUCGCUUGUCAUUUUCAUAGCAGGAAAGCCGUUUUAUCGCUAUAGGAGACCCACUGGGAGUCCCUUGACUCCAUUGUUGCAGGUUCUUGUUGCUGCCAUUUCCAAGAGAAAGCUCCCAUGUCCUUCCCUCCCUGAUCAGCUGUAUGAAGUCCCCAAAUCUAGCAGAGCCGGUGGAAGGGUCUUGUGUCACACCCACAAACUCAAGUUUCUGGACAAGGCAGCAAUUGUUGAUCCAAGGGAAGGAGAAUCAGCUGAGAAGCAGAGUCCAUGGAAGUUAGCGACCGUAACCAAAGUGGAAGAAAUGAAGCUCAUCAUCAACAUGAUUCCCAUCUGGGUUUUCACUUUACCCUUCGGAAUCUGCGUCGCCCAAACCUCCACUUUCUUCAUCAAACAAGGAGCUUCCAUGAACAGAAAAAUCAACGACUUCGAGAUACCCUCAGCUUCCAUCUUCACUCUCGCAGCCAUAGGCAUGAUAGUCUCCAUCACCUUCUACGACAAGAUCCUCGUACCCCUCCUGCGGAGACUCACCGGUAACGAACGAGGAAUCAACAUCCUGCAAAGAAUUGGCUUCGGCAUGAUAUUCUCCAUCGCCACAAUGAUAGUGGCAGCCCUGGUUGAACAAAAGAGGCUUCGAACCUUAGAAAAAGACCCACUGAAAGGUCCACUUUCCAUGAGUGUCUUCUGGUUAGCCCCUCAGUUUCUGAUAAUCGGUUUUGGAGAUGGGUUUACACUUGUGGGGCUGCAAGAGUAUUUCUACGACCAAGUGCCAGAUUCAAUGAGAAGCCUGGGGAUAGCACUGUAUUUAAGUGUGAUUGGAGCUGCGAAUUUCUUAAGCAGUUUGCUGAUAACUAUUGUGGAUCAUGCGACGGAGAAGAGUGGAGGCAAGAGUUGGUUUGGGAAGGAUCUGAACAGUAGUAGGUUGGAUAGGUUUUACUGGCUACUUGCAGGGAUCACCACGGUGAACCUGUUCAUGUUUGUGUUCUUCGCAAGAAGGUAUUCGUACAAAAAUGUUCAGAAGGUGGGUGUGGUGGCUGAUUGCUAUGAAGGCAAGAGUGAUAAUAGUACUGUUGGUUCUAGGGAAGGGACUAUGGUUUAAAUCAAAGUACCUACUUUGAGGUAAUAGCUUUAAAUUGCUGUGUUGGACUAUACAUGAGGCCAUGCAUGGCCACUUACUUGUAUUAAAUCCAGUGCUCAAUGCCCACCCCCAAAAAAAAAAAAAAA